AGCAACAUCACCAUGGCUUACUCUGACGUAAAAGACUUGGUGCUUCGUGACAUUGAUCGGAUCCUCUUCCCUUCCUCGGAUUGCCGCCAGUUCAACAAAACCGAAUCGCUCAGACUUGCCGAUGAAUUGCGUGGCUGGGUACACCGACAUCAAAUUGAAAGGACAAAGUCCAAUGAGAAACCAAAGCGUCAAAAGAAAUUUAAACAAGGCAUGAGGGCACAGCAGAGGAAGAUCAAUCUGUCCAGGUUUAUUUCAAUUCAUUCUGCGGAGUCUUCCACCAGGUUGACCUCCAGUCAGUUACAGGUUUACCAGAGCCCCGAGCAGAGUUACUAUGACUUCAUGGAUGCUAUCGAUAGAAGGGAAGACACCUUCUAUGUGGUUUCGUUCCGAAGGGAUCACCUGCUGUUACCAGCUAUCAGUCACAACAAGACCAACAGGCCGAAGAUGUCCCUCGUGAUGCCAGCUAUGGCAGUGAAUGAGAGCCUGCACAACACCACACGAGGUUACGAGGUGAUGAUGCAGAUCGAUUGUGAGGUGAUGGACACCAGAAUUAUUCAGAUCAAGAGCUCGUCGGUGCCCCCUUCUCUCCGGCAGCCUCAGCACAAUGGCACGGGUUCCUACCACCCACACAGCAACACCAGCAGGGCACCCAGUGCCAGGAGGCUACGGCCCCCACCCCUACCCAUCUCUGCACCGAGCACCAAGGACCCACUGUACCUCACAACAGAAGACGGUGAAGUGUAGUGCUGGUGUUUCCUAGCUCUGUGCCCUGUUUUACAGUCCCACCCACCAGGAAGCGAAAAGGAUCAUUGAUUGACUGGAGAAGUUCUUCAUUUGUUGUCCUUCCCCACCUCCUGUUCCCCUCCACAAACACCUCCUGCAAAGACCUGACAAUUCCGCUUUAAGGUUACAAAUGAAACUUGGUACUGGGUGGUGUGGUGGAGGCGUGAGGGAAGAUUCUGAUUGCUUUUAAGCUUCUGUAAAAGGGACAAGGACCAAAUUGUGCUCGCCAUCUUCCUAUCUUGGAAAGCUGUAACACGUUAUCUACUGCUUUUAAGGUUCCCAGAGCUGUGGCUCCACACGAGUCUUUAGUGAUGGUGAAAACCAAGUUCCUAGGAAGUUGUGCAGAUUUGCAGUAAUGGCUUAUAAUUCCACUACCAUAACUGUGAAAUAUUUUUUAGGCCUGUUCUCCCCUUUUCCUUCUUCAGCCCCUAGUGAUUCUGGAAUAUGGCCUCGUACUUCACGUUUUUCUGGAAAUGACCACACCAGCAAUGAACGUCCGGUCCACCGUGCUGACCUAUUGCAUGUAACUCUUGUGUUUAUCCUUAAUCCUUUUGCACUAUGCAAGUUGUUUAUUUCCCCCUUUCUGUUCUGAAUGUGAAGCUGCAUUGCAGUUGCACAACAUGCAGGUGGCCUGUGCCAGCACAGCUUGCUGUAAAUACACUGAUGAAACUCAGAGCAGCCCAACAAGCUGGAGCAUCACUAUAAUGAGAUUGGACUUUUGCCCUGUAAACUGUGUGUAAAGAAAAUAUCCCAAAAACUGUUGUGUAAUCUUGGUUUGGCUGUCUCAGGGUCCAUAUUUACACUGUCAUGAUUUGGCCAUAACGAUUUUGUCCUUACUGUUCCAAUUUAAUCCUGUCCAGUUACUUGAUGGCGACAAACCAUUUUUAAUCUCACGCAAGCUGAAAUCUAUAAUUGACUACUGUCCAUCAUCCCUAAUCUGUUUGCUUUCCAAUGAAAAUGUUUGCCAUAUUUUGUUUCUGGCUCCAUUACCAUGUAUAGUACAGAAUAGGAAUUUCACUGUUAAGGAAUGUACAUUGGUUUUCUGUUAUGUUGUCAUUCUGUUUACUGAUGAUUGCGUGUGUGUCCUUGUGCACUUGUGUCCCACAUUGAUGUUCAGCACAAUUUGGCAUUUGUGGUUUGAUUUUUAUUUGCCUUCAUGUGUUCCAAAUCAUCAAGCAUUAAUUUUUGCUGUUGUAAAGCAGGGGCCCUUGCUUCACUUAUGGGAGGUGAUGUGGGGCUCAAUAGCUCGGUCAUAAUUGAGGUGCCUUGGUAUGACUGGGAUUUCGUAGUUUCACAAAAGGAGGAAAUACAGUUGGAGCCAAUCUAACGUCCAGCCAUUUUCUGACUUUUUUUCUGUUUGUUACAAUGCCCUCACCAGGGGCUGUGUCUAACUUGUUUACAGUUGUAUUUAAGCGAAUAGCAAGUCAGGGAUGGCAAGAAUAUUUUGCAUGAUUUGCAGCCGCACCAGCCCAGGGUGAAGUGUAAAAAUCUAUCAACGUGUGACGAAAAUCCUGCCCAACCCAACAUUGACUGUGGAUUCGUCGCUGAGCAAUGACUCACCAAUGUGAUGGCUCCCCAAGUUGUUAGCUGACCUGUGUCUACAUAUAAACCUAAUGUUGGUUUUUUUUUGUACAAAAUUAUAUAAUUUAUUAUUUAA